AUGAAGAAGGCGGCUGGCGGAGACGAGCUCGCAGAACUCUUCAGUAUGAUCCCGUACCUUCUGCAGGCGGCCAACACCAGCGGCAACGCGUCGCUGCAGCUUCAGGACUUGUGGUGGGAUCUGGGGCUAGAGCUGCCUGACGGCGCGGCGCCGGGGCAUCCCCCGGGCACCGGCGGGACAGAAAGUGCAGACACCGAGGCCCGGGUGCGGGUCCUCAUCAGCGUGGUGUACUGGGUGGUUUGCGCGUUGGGCCUGACCGGCAACCUGCUGGUGCUCUACCUGAUGAAGAGUAAGCAGGGAUGGCGCAAGUCCUCCAUCAACCUCUUCGUCACCAACCUGGCGCUGACAGACUUUCAGUUCGUACUCACCCUGCCCUUCUGGGCGGUGGAAAACGCUCUGGACUUCAAAUGGCCCUUCGGCAAGGCCAUGUGUAAGAUUGUAUCCAUAGUGACGUCCAUGAACAUGUACGCCAGCGUCUUCUUCCUCACCUCCAUGAGCGUGGCGCGCUACCACUCGGUGGCCUCGGCUCUUAAGAGCCACAGGACCCGAAGGCACGGCCGGUGCGACUGCUGCGGCAAAAGCCUGGGGGGCAGCUGCUGCUUCUCAGCCAAAGCACUGUGCGUAUUGAUCUGGGCCUCCGCCGCGCUGGCCUCGUUGCCCAAUGCCAUCUUCUCCACCACUAUCAAGGUGAUGGGCGAGGAGCUGUGCCUGGUGCGCUUUCCAGACAAGUUGCUGGGCGGCGACAGACAGUUCUGGCUGGGCCUCUACCACUUGCAGAAGGUGCUGCUAGGCUUCGUGCUGCCCUUGUGUAUCAUCAGCCUGUGCUAUCUGCUGCUGGUGCGCUUCAUCUCCGAUCGCCGAGUGGCAGGGACCGAAGGAGGAGCCUCGGCUGCCCGGGGCAGCCUGGCCGCAGCCAGCGCCCGGAGACGGUCCAAAGUCACCAAAUCAGUGACCAUCGUGGUCCUAUCAUUCUUCCUGUGUUGGCUGCCCAACCAGGCGCUCACCACCUGGAGCAUCCUCAUCAAGUUCAACGCGGUGCCCUUCAGCCAAGAGUAUUUCCUAUGCCAGGUAUACGCGUUCCCGGUGAGCGUGUGCCUGGCUCAUUCCAACAGCUGUCUCAACCCCAUCCUCUACUGCCUCGUGCGCCGCGAGUUCCGCAAAGCGCUCAAGAGUCUGCUGUGGCGCAUCGCGUCGCCCUCUCUCACCAGCAUGCGCCCUUUCACCGCCACCACCAAGCCAGAGCCCGAAGAUCAGGGGCUGCAGGCCCUGGCACCUCUCCACCCGACCGCGGAGCCAGACCUGGUCUACUACCCGCCUGGUGUGGUGGUCUACAGUGGGGGGCGCUACGAUCUGCUGCCCAGCAGCUCCGCCUACUGA